AUGUCCAUAGCUCCUAUCAUCACAUUCAAAGCCGGUAUCUGCGACGUCGACCAAUCGACGCCGCAGCCAUACAAGGUAAAACCGCGGCCGGCUCCGGGCUAUGUCUACCUCUACUUGGAAGAUGAGCUUGUCCACUUUUGCUGGAGAGAACGCAAUGUGCCCCUCGACGACCCCGAGCUAGACCUUGUCAUGGUUCCCACGGAUGGCCACUUCGUCCCCUAUACCCACGACGACACCAGCGCAAAGACGAACGGUCGUGUAUUCGUCCUCAAAUUUUCCUCAUCUUCUCAACGCCACCUAUUCUGGCUGCAGUCUAAGCCGCAAGCCCGGAACGGUGAUCCCAGUUGGCUGAGCCCCCGCGACCGUAAGAUUGGCGAGAUUGUUGAUGCCCUACUACAGGGUGAGGAUGUGAACGUUUCUCAGGAACUCGCCUCUGCGGGAAGCUCCGAUGACCGUGACGACGAUAAUGACGAGACGAUGGAAGAUAUUGAGGGAACCGGUGACCCUCACGCCCAUAGACGAGGAGGUGGUGGUGGUGCUGGUCCCGAUGCUACCGGAGGAGACGUUCGAGAGGAAGGCCAGGGCUCUCGGGAGGGUGGCGCAGAUGGCGCGCGAGCAGCCGCCUCAUCCUCAGCCGAAGAUGCUGCAUCUGCCGCCGUGAGGAAUCUCUUGAGUUCUCUGACUGGGGGUGCCCGGUCGGGGCAACAAGAAGAAAAGGACGCCUAUCCUUACCUGACCCAUCUCCUUCCCAAAGAGGUCACCCUUCCCGUGAUUGAGUCGGCAACUGAAGAGUACCUCGAUAGUCUCCUGAGCUUUUUGCCUCCGAGUGUCAUCAUGCUGGCCGCCGGCGCCGGAACGAAUGCCUCUGUCGCUGAUCCUUCACCGGAUGAUCUUACAGCUGCUCGCGCAUCGCUGAGCAGAGGCGACAAGAAGGUCCUUCUCAACAAAGUCCUCCGCAGCCCCCAAUUCCACCAAUCGCUUGCUAGUUUGUCGUUGGCCCUCAAAGAUGGUGGUCUUCCCGGUAUUGCGGACGCUCUAGAUAUCAAUGUGGCCAACGGUGGGUACAUUCGUGGUGGCGGCAUGCCUCUAGGAGGUGAUGAAGCUAUUAAGGCCUUUGUUGAAGGCGUCAAGAAGACUAUGGAGGAGUAG